CACACUAGGUAGGAAGUAGAACUCAUGCAGAGAAACUUCAGUCGCUUUUAGUUGGUCGGGAGUGAGUUGAGUUCGUACGAGCUCGAGUGAUCUCGUUCUCGCGGCUUUGUCUUACGGCUCUGAAAUACAUCUGAUGAAUUAAACGAUGGUAUUCCUUCCAAUGCUAUGCCAAGGAGUUGACGUCGUUAAACUUGUGCCUUAAAUAAAAUAAAUAACAUAAUAACAAUAAAUAUUGUAAAAAUUACAAAAAAACAUACAUUUUUGAAUACAUAAAAAUUAACGCAUUUAUUUUUUGACGUCAUAAUAGGGAAUAAUAAAGUGUUAAGUGUAAACUCAAAAACUUUUUUUUACAAACAUCAGUAUUUUUUAACGGGCUGUGAAUAAUAAAUAUUCAUGUUAAUAAAAUAAUAAUAAAUAAAUAAUUAACAAAUAAUAAAUAAAAUAAAUAAUCAUGGAUCCAUAUAUGUUAAGUGUCGAGCGAGAGGCCUCAAAGAAUAUUGAGGAGAAUGAAAGAGAGUGCUUCAAGGAUGCCAUUGUAUCCAGUAGAAGUCUUAACAAAGGAUAUGUUCCAUCAACUCAACUGAAGAAUGCGGUACCGGAGAUCAUUGCAUGUGUUUUGUCUACUACUUUUCAUAUUGCAGUAGGAUUAAGUAUGGCAUACUCAGCUAUUCUUAUUCCUCGCCUAGAAGAUCCUAACUCUGACAUAACAGCUACGAAAACAGAAACUUCAUGGAUAGCAAGUAUUAUCGUAGUAGCAGUUCCAGCAGGAUCUUUAUUAGGAGGUUUUCUCAUGGAAAUAUUUGGACGGAUAAGAACACUUCAGCUAGGAUCAAUAGGUUACGUGAUCGGCUGGAUUUUAAUUGCAACAUCAACAAAUGUCUCCAUGAUUUUAGUCGGGCGAAUGUUGACCGGCCUAGCAACAGCUACAUCAACAUCCCCAGCUAUUGUUUACAUUACUGAAGUUGCCAGACCUGAAUUGCGAGGUUCUUUGAUGUCAUUCGGACCAACUCUAGCAUCAUUUGGAAUGCUUUUGGUGUAUUUGAAGGGUGCUUACAUGUCUUGGAGACUAGUAGCAUGGCUUGGUAUUAUUUAUGCAAUAGUUCCUGUCUUCCUCGUCCAAUUUUUUGUGCCUGAAUCACCUGUCUGGCUUGUCUCCAAAGGCAGAAUUGAGGAUGCUAAAAAAAAUUUAGAGUGGAUUUACAAAUCUGAAGAUAAAGUUGCUGGAAAAGUUUCAGCUGCCGAACAAGCUUUUACGACAAUUAUCAAAGAGAAUGAAAUAAAAUUAAGUGACCAACGAAGAAGUAAACGAAAUGGAUUUCAAACUAAAGUAGCAGCUUUUGCUAAACCAACUGGAUUGAAGCCGAUUUUUAUUCUAUUUUUAUUCUUCCUUUUUCAACAAUUUUCAGGAAUUUAUAUAACUUUAUUUUAUGCCGUGACUUGGUUUCAAGAAGUUGGCGCUGGUGUUAAUGAAUAUCUAGCAUCUAUCUUAGUUGGCUUAACUCGUUUCUUAUGUUCAAUGGUCAACACUUGGCUGCUACGACGCUAUAAAAGACGCCCUUUAUGUAUUAUUUCGUCUUUGGGCAUGGCAGCUUGUAUGAGUAUUUCUGGAUAUUUUACACUGCAAAUAAAAAAUGGUAACUCUUCUGGAAGUUGGGUACCAGUACUCUGCCUUUUACUGUACGUUUGUACCUCUAUGAUUGGUAUGCUUACAAUUCCAUGGACCAUGACUGCCGAAUUAUUUCCAACUGAAAUCCGAGGAAUCGCACAGUCAUUCAGUUAUGCAAUGGCCAAUAUUUUAAUGUUUGCUGCAGUACAAAGUUAUCGUGGACUUACAGUAUUUUUAGGAGGAUCUCACGCCAUUCAAUGGUUCUUUGCUGGAGUUUCAUUAGGUGCUGUUGUAUUUGUGUGGCUUUUAUUACCCGAAACUCAUGGCAAAAAAUUAUCAGAAAUUGAAGAAUAUUGGCAACACAAUUUCAUAGCUUGCGGUGCCGAAGCUAAAGCACGAAAGAGACGAGCUAAGAGGCGUGCACAAGCUAAAGCUCAAGCUCAAGUCACCGUGCCAUUAAAUCCAAAGAAAGCUGAGCCAGUUUAAAAUAUUUUUUUUUAUUCUUAUGUUUUAACGAAAAAUCAUUCCAUUAGUAACAUUUUUGGAUUGAUUUUAUUCAAACCUGCGUAGACUUUUUAAAGUAAAAAAGUACGUAUUACUCAUAUGUUUCAAUAUUUUUUUUUCUCAACAAGCUUUACUAUCUUUGCAAAAAGAUAUUGAUAAUAAUAAUAGUGAUGAUAUCUUUGUGUUGGUAUAGAAAUUAAAUUUGUACAAAAAUAGAAUAACACUUAGAUGAAUAUAAGCACCAAUAAAUGAAAGUAUUUGAAUGUCAUAAGACCCAAUAUUAAAUUUUAAAAUCCAUAAAAAAA